AUGAUUGAAUCGCUCUUAAUACAAGAGAGAUUGUACAAAAAGAAGCUUUCUGAUCAUGUCAAGGAAGAAAGAAGGCAACUUCAACUCGACCUCUGGCACGAAGAUUUCAACAAUAAUGAAUUUGGAAUCCAGAACUUAAAUUACACCCUUGGGGAGAAGGGUACAACUCGACACUUUAAAAAGGUUGAGCUUUACUACCCGGAACUUCGAGCUGGUGUGCUGGCUUUAACGCAAGCAAGAUUAGGGCUUUUUCCGUCAAACGAACAAGCAUUCAUUGAAAGUGAAAACAAGGGUUCCCUAACCACUGAAGCCUUGAGAAUAGGUAAAAAUGGCUGCCCCUUAUGCGGUGAAAGUCGCAUGGAUGUAGACGGGAACUUCACUGAGGAGAUUCAUCACCUUCUCGUUCAAUGUACGUCAUUAAAUGAACUCAGAGAUGAGCAUUUAUCCGCCAUCAUUGGCACAUUAGUGGCUUCAUCCUCGGUAAGGGGUGAAAAUGAAUCUGACCAAGUUUUAAACUUGGGUCUACUACUUAUUGGUGGAAUGUGCCUUCCGUACACUCGAAAGGGUGCUGCGUUACGCGCUUUUCUCCGUGGAAAGGACCGCUCAGAGAAGUUCUUAUACACAUGGAAAGUCGGAUUUGGACAUCUAACCGGGAUUAUGCCGGAAAAUAUGGGAACAUAUGGCUUCGUGCCUACGGCUAGGUUCUUGCAAAGCGCGGUCUUGAAAUAUCAAGCUGCAAUUGUAAGAACUCAUGAUGCUGCGGUGCGAAUAGCGACCGUAGAGUGA